GUUGUUCCAGAGGUGGGAGGCGGCACCCGUGGCUGAGAAGGAGGCCUGAGAGCGACAUGUCCCCGGCAGCUGAGGCAGAGCGGCCGGUGGCGCUGUUUCUCUGAGUCCGGGGCGGCCUGGAGGCCGGCUGAGGACGAGGGUCGGCGGAGGCUGCCCCCGCUGUGGUGGCCGCCAUGCUGGGGGCCCGGGCGGUUGAGGGAGCUACCGUGGAGCUCCUGCGACUGCUGCUGCUGCUGCUACUGCCGGCGCUCCCGGGGCCGGGGCUCGGCGUGGUCGGCUCUGUGGGGGCCGGGCUGCCCGAGAGCGUAAUUUGGGCCGUCAACGCGGGCGGCGAGGCGCAUGUGGACGUGCACGGGAUCCACUUUCGCAAGGACCCUUUGGAAGGCCGGGUGGGCCGAGCCUCCGACUAUGGCAUGAAACUACCAAUCCUGCGUUCCAACCCCGAGGACCAGAUCCUCUAUCAGACAGAGCGGUACAAUGAGGAGACCUUCGGCUAUGAAGUGCCCAUCAGGGAGGAGGGGGACUACGUGCUGGUGUUGAAAUUCGCCGAGGUCUACUUUGCACAGUCCCAGCAGAAGGUGUUUGAUGUGCGGCUGAAUGGCCACGUCGUGGUGAAGGACUUGGACAUCUUCGAUCGCGUCGGGCACAGCACAGCUCAUGAUGAAAUCAUUCCUAUGAGCAUCAGGAAGGGGAAGCUGAGCGUCCAGGGGGAGGUGUCCACCUUCACGGGCAAGCUCUACAUCGAGUUCGUCAAGGGGUACUAUGACAAUCCCAAAGUCUGCGCACUCUACAUCAUGGCUGGGACGGUGGACGAUGUACCAAAGCUGCAGCCUCAUCCAGGACUGGAGAAGAAAGAAGAGGAGGAAGAAGAAGAAGAAUACGAGGAAGGGUCUAAUCUCAAAAGACAGACCAAUAAGAACCGGGUGCAGUCAGGCCCUCGGACGCCCAACCCCUACGCCUCGGACAACAGCAGCCUCAUGUUCCCCAUCCUGGUGGCCUUCGGAGUCUUCAUCCCAACCCUCUUCUGCCUCUGCCGGCUGUGAGAACAAAUUACCAUCCUGCGCAGGGUGGAGGGGUGUGGGAAAGAAACUGAACAUGUUGGUUUGGUUUCUGUAGUUUUCACGGUGAUUCACAAAAACAAAGAAACAAACAAAGCCACAAAAUAAUUAAAGGAGAUCAAAAGAGGCAGAGUGAGUAGAGAGCAGCCCUCGUCCACCACCUGGUCCCAGACCUGCUUCAGUCCUAGACCUCUCUUUGUGGCUGGCCCCCAGCCAUCUCCUUCCUCCCUAGGGUACGUAGGGUAAACGGGGUCCUUCCUGUUCAAGGAUCCUCGUCUGUAUACCUAGUGGAAAGGACUUGGACCUCGGAGCAGAUACCUUUUUUUAGGUUAGAAAUUAACAGUGGAGAAAUGUCAUCUUAUUACCUGAGAAGACCAGCGCUGGGAGUUGGGUAUGUGCUGAAGUUCUAUGUCCAGAUACAUUUCCAGAUGUCCUGGGAUUGAGAGUAUGUGUGAAGAUGUAUAAUUUGUAUGAUAAAGAUGAAAAUGUAAGGGGGAUUUAGAAAAAGAAAGAAAAGUAGAUACUUCUUACUUGGAAGCCUUUCUGGUUUUCGCCCAAUGAUGUUCCACCUUAAGUGUUUGAGCUUUGUCAUUGCUUGUCUCCCUGACAUGUGCCAGUUAGAGGACUGUCUGGUAUCCAAGACGAUUAGUUUAUGUCAGGUCCUCUCAAGUUGCCUCUGACUUGUUACCACAACAAAUCAUUUUGAUUUCAGUGCCUGUUGGGGACUUGAUUUCCUCUCACUCCCUCCCUGUCUUCCCCCAGCCCCCCUCCCCCCCCCAAUCUGGCUCAUUUGAAAUCUCUUCUGUCUCUCAACCAUCCCACUCAAUUAUUGCCAAGAAGGGAAGGAGACGUGAGGACUUGGGGUUCCCUCUGCUUGAAUGUCUUAUCGUCUACCACCUCACAUUGAUGGUACCUCCCUCCCUGGAUCUGUGAGCCAGCAGCCAGGAGGACCUGACCCAGCAGUUCUUUUACUGGCCCCUUUGUAGGGUCUUGCUGCCAGGGGACAGGGAUGCUUUCCAGCCUGAAGCAACGGAACACUUGACCUUAAGAGUCUCUUCUGGUCUUUGGAUUGGAAAAGGCUUAUGUUAGCAUAACUUAAGAGCAACCUCAGAGACUUGAGCCCCACUAAGUGACUGACCACUGUUUAGAGUGUCUAGUAUAUGAUGUUCCUUUAUUCCUAUGUCCUUUUAUGUCACAGUUCAGCUGGUUUUGGGUUAUGCCUAGAACCGCCCCAAGGAACUAGACUGAUCGUAUCUGGCCCGGUGACACUGCUCCCUGAUCUUCUUAGUAUGUCUCUCUGUCCUUUCAUUUUCCCAUCCAAGCAGCAGUCGGGUUCUUGGCCGAAAGAUUUCCAGUCAGCCUGGUCCUGGCAGCGCUGAAGCCAACCUUAACGUCUGUCUGUCUGUCCUGAAUUCCCUGGAACAUUCUCUGCAGGAAAUGAAGCUUCCCUGUUCCCCUGCUUUCUGGUCACUGUCAUCCUUUUCCCAGCUACAAGGAACUUUGUAGACGCAAGGCAGCAGGAUUAGCUUCUGCUUGGGCCGGAGCAGGAUAAAAUCUCAGGCAAGGCCCAUUAUUUUUAGAAUGUUUAAUUUAGAAUUUGUCUUUGGAUAUGUUUUAUAGAGCUCCAUAUAUUUGAACUGCUUAUUAAAUGACAAAGUAAGUAGCCCUUGGGCUCAGGUCCUUUUGACUUUUAAAGAGUUUCUCCAGGCCAGCGUUUCGUCCUUUGAGAGUUGUAGCCCUCUAUUUUUGCUGUGACAUAGGCCUCGGUACUAGGGUAUUGAGUCAGGCAGCUGGACAGCUGUGGCCUGAGGCUGCAAUCAAGGAACUUUCUGGAGUGCUACACAAAGUUCCCUGCUUUAAAGGAGGACAUCCUGUAGCCUUGAUCCUGGGACCACCGGCCUGGGGCAGUGGACAUCCUGACUAUUAAUUGGGCUUCUGACAGUGGCUUCGGUUCCCAUUCCAUCACAACUCCCCAAAGCUGUAGGCCACUGCCAAUACAGUUGACAAGACGAGGAAGGAAGACUUGCUGCCCCCAUUCUGCCUUGUUUGUUAGUUUGCUUGGGUCUAAGGAAGGAGGGGUCCCCACUUCCUCACCUCACCCCAUCCCUUCAGUGACUCAGUCUCAGAAGGAAACUGUGGCUCCUGGGGCCAUUUCCUAAUGGUACUGUAAAGCCAAGUGGCUUUGCUUCUGCUGCUGUUUCCAAGCCCACCCUUUUCCCCGGAGCUCAGGGCUAGGGAUGGGCACUUUCCUCUUUGGUUAUGUCCCAAAGGAAGGAACAUCUUUCUAUGGCUCACAAAAACUGAAGGGGAAAUGAGGAAACAGGAAGAAGUAUGGUGGGGGCUGGGGUAGAGUCCCCUGGAGCCAAGCCCGCCCAGCCCACGAGCUGCCCAAGGCUGGUUACAGUUGGCUCAUGAUGCUGAACUUGAAAGCUUUUUUUUGUGUGUGUGUGUGGGGUGGGGCCGGGGAGGCUCCUCCCAGAUGAUAUAGGUACAUGAACUUUAGGUGUAAGGGGUGGGAGGGGGCACUCUUUAUUUUUAUUUUUGUAUUGUGUGCGUCAAGAAUUACUCUGUAGUUCAUCUUUGCUUUUUGCACUGUUCGUUCCCAUGCCUGUAUUUCGAGCUAGUGCUAGGACAGCGAGACUGCACCGUAGGGAGUUGGACUGGGGUUGGGGAAGUGAGGGGUGAUGCCAACUGGUCGGGGGGAAGGAGAGGCCUGGGCUCUCCUACUGGAUCCAUGCUCUGUCCUAGGGUUUCUAGAUCCCCCUGAGCCCAGCUGGCCAAAGCCAAAGCCAAUAGCCGAGGUGAAACUCCUUGUGCCAGAAGUGUGGCUUCGGUUGCUGCUGGGUGGACCACACAAAGGUGUGUGCUGUAGAGGGGCUAGGGGCCAGCUGGCCUCCAGUGGGACGUUUUCGGGCUUCACUCAUGCUGACUGAAACAUGGUACCAGGAAAUAACCUGUGGGACCCAUGUGCCCUAAACCAGAUCCAAUUUUUUCUGAAACAUCUCUGCUGUUGAGGAGAAGCUGCUCAGGGGACACCUUGAGUUCUGGUGACUUGAAAGAUGGUCCUCUGCAAGUGUCAGUGGUGUUCGACUCCCAGGAGAACCCUAGGCCCUGCAGGGCCACCUGUCGGUUUGAGAGAGCGUGAUCUUACUCUCAUGUUCUCCUUGUUUGCCUAAGAGAUCCUGGCCUGAGAUUGGGGAUCACAGGAGAGGUCACUUUAAAAAGGUGGGGUAAAGUUUGAGUUAAGUUUACCUUCCCCUUUCUGUGCCUGGCAACUGUUUAAUCCAGUUUCAGAUUGUGAUUUGACUUCUUUGUCUUUUUGGAGAAGCUUCUGUUUUAAGGAAUUUCUCUUCUUAUCCCGCUUCUACCCUCUCCUGGGAAGGCCUGGCCAUGGCUUCUAGAAUCUCAGUUGAACGUUAGAAAACAGCAGCAGUAUUUUCCCUUUCCUAGCACUUAUAUUCCUUUCCCUAGAAAACGGCUCACCUUGGGAAGCCCAGGGAAAGAAUCAGCAGGUUCUCUACCCUCCCUAGGGUUUGGGGAAGGACCCACCCUGGUCAGCACAGUGCCUUUUCCUCUCCUGCUCUGAGCCAGGGUGGGCAUUCCCUCUAGAUUCAGGUCUGGGCAGGGGUCUCUCAGUCCCUGCCACGGGGCUGCUUCCCCAUCCCUUCUCCCCUCCCCCCCCUUGGCUGGCCGGCUCCGACCUAAUUCAAGUGUCUUGCCUUGAGGAGCCUUAAUGGCAUCAAGUGGCAACAUGUAAUAUUGUCCUCCAUGCCUUUCCACGAGGCCUGAGGAGAGCAGGUGAGCUUUCCGCGCGAGAGACUAAUAGAUGCUCCUGUUUAAAAGAAGGGGGGUGGGGAGAUAUUCUUUGGGCCUCCUGCUGUGGCCCUGGGGGAAGAAGCCUGGGAUAAGGCUAAGUGACAGUGGAGCAGCAGAACCAGAAACUCCCAGGAUAUGUUCAGACAUCUCUGAAGAAAUCUGCUUCUCUUCUAUGGAAAGAUAUAAUUAGGUAUCAAAGAGCUCUAAGAAAAUUGCAAAGAAGCCUUAAAAUGUUCAAGCUUCAGAGAGCUCAGAGUAAUUUUUCCCUUUCAGUCCGAGCUGGGGCUCUUUCGGUAUUGAGACCUCUCCUGGGGCAAGAGGGCUAGAUUUCCUCGUAGGUUACAAGACUAGAUUGGCACCUGUGGGUCAGCUGCCCAGUGAGGGCGGGGUUCUUUCUUCUUUGUACAUGGGCGGCUUGCUGCUGAUCUGUUUGUCCCUCCUUGGCUGCCUUUUGGCUAGCCUGCUUUUAGGUCUCCAAAUCAUUUUGAUAAGAGCAGAUGACAUGGGGACUGGCUGGGUUGGCAGGAAAAGAGCCGGAUAGAUCUCUUGCGAUGGGUCUCCUCUCAGGAGUACAAAAGCAAGGAGCCAGGAUUGUGUUGGCAGCCAGGGAAACAGUAGUGCCUGUUAGAGUUGGCAGAGAGGGCCUUGGCACUUCUUGCAUCCCGCCAGUCUUGUGAGAUCGGGGGCACGUAGCACCAGGCAAUGCAGAACUCCAUUCUCACCCCGAUUUUGAGCGUCAGAGCUUUUCUUCAGUAUGAGAAAAAACAACAACAAACUGAACUGUGCUUUCCGUCCUUUCAAAGGACAGCUGUCGGGAAAGGAGAGCUGAGGUGCCAGGUGGGAGGGGAGAAUUGGCAGGGAGAGAUGGUACGGCAAAACCAGGAAUGAGACAUUCUUGAUUCCUCUCUUCCCUAGUGUGUCAUGAUCCAGGGAAUGAAAAGAAAUUUGACCCUGGGUGAGUUUCCUCCUCGGAUUUCUCUUCUACCAAGUUCUCCCACACUAGGACCAGCUAGCUGCCUGUUCUGAGGAGCUCAGGGCAGCCUCUUUGACCAUUAACCUGGCUUGUCAGGGAGCCAGCCCCGCCUCUCCACAGUGGGCUGGCUGCUCUAUUCUGUACCAAGUACUGGAGAAUAGUGUCAAGUUCUCAGUAGCCCUUUGCAGCUCCUACUCUAGAUUCCCAUCCUCUCCCUGCGGAGGUGAAACCAACUCUAUGUUUGUAGCCACAACAUGCAUUUACAACGGCACAGUGAGAUGUGAUUGAGGGGCUUUGAACCUGGCUGGCCCGGGAAAGCAGUAGGGGUGGAUAGAGCUGUCUUUCUUUCUGGGCUGUCUCCACCUGUCCCUACCCCUUCCAUGCCCCACCCUACUCCCACCAAAAAAAAAAAA